AUGGCCAUGUGCGACGCAAACUACAAUUUUCUUGCUGUUGAUAUCGGAGCAUAUGGAGGUAACGCUGAUGGAAGCGUUUUUGCUAACAGUGAAUUUGGACAUUCAAGCCACAGGUACAGAUGGCUUGCCAAACCAGAUAUUUCUUUGCGAACUUUGACAGUUUCAUGUUUCGUCGUCCAUUACCACGCAGUCAAACUUCGUCAGCAUCGUCUAUCACCCUUUAUAAAAGAAAAUUUUAAUUGCAGACUGUCAAGAGCACGUAGGACGAUUGAAAACGCUUUUGGAAUCCUCGUAGCCCGUUGGAGAAUAUUAUUAGCACCACUCCACUUACAUCCGACAGCAGCUGAAAACAUAGUUAAAUCCACUGUUGUAGUCCACAAUUUUAUCAAAAGUUGCGAGGGACAGCUGUUUGCCUCGUCGUCAUUUGUAGACCAUGUUGAUCACAAUGGGGAAAUAAUAGCUCCUGGAGAGUGGCGAUUGCAGGUUGAUCCUCUUGAUGGUUGA